AUGUCUACUAUCCGUAUCGGCGUCGUCGGUCUGUCCAAAUCUGGUGGCUGGGCUGGCAAUGGACUCGCACCUCCUCUCUUCUCCGAGCCGCUCAAGUCUCAGUACACGCUGUCGGCGCUCAGCACGUCGUCGGAAUCCUCCGCCACCGCAAGUGCGGAGCACUUUGGCAAGCUUGCGGGUACUACCGUGCGCGCGUAUCAUGGGUCUACGGAGGCCAUCGCCCAGGAUGAGACGCUGGAUCUCGUCGCCGUCUCGGUCAAACCACCUUCCCAUCGCGAGACCCUUCUCCCGCUACUCGAGAAGGGCCGUAACGUCUACAUCGAGUGGCCUGCUGGCGAUACCAUUGAGGAGACGAAGGAGUUCGUAGCCAAGGCUCAGGAGAAGGGCGUGCGGACGCUGGUGGGGCUGCAGGGAUGGCAGACGCCCGCUGUGAAGAGGAUCCGCGAGAUCAUUGCGAGCGGCACGAUUGGGAACAUCAUUAAUGUCACUUGGAUCGCUACGAAGACAUCCCCCCCGCCUCUUUGGACGCCCUUCAUCCAGUCGUACGCUGCAUUCCUCGCCGACCCUAAUCAGGGCGCCAACUUCACGAACGUCUGGCUCGGCCACAAUCUGUCCUUGAUCACGCGCGCCCUAGGGCCACUGUCGUCACUCUCUGCAGUUGGGAGCAUUGGCGUGCCCAUCAUCAAGGUCGGCGAAUCCCCAGAGGAUCCCAACGCGAAGGACGUGCAAGCGAAAGUACCCGACCAGUACUCUGUGAGCGGCGUCUUCGAAUCCGGCGCGCUCUUCAGCGGUAGCUGGCGCACGCUCCCUAUGGCCACUACGAACACUGCGCCGACGCUGCUGUGGUUGAUCGAAGGCUCGAAGGGUCAACUGCGUGUGGAGGUGGGGGCGGAACAGCCGGGUGGCAGCUUUCCGCAAAUCUGGUUGCCUUCGGCGUUAUUCGUGAAUGGCGAGAAGAUUGAGCUGCAAGAGGAGAACGAGCAGUUGGGCGGCAACACGGGUAGAGCGUGGGCGGAGUAUGCGCGUGGCGAGGACGGUCAGUAUCCAACGCUCGAAGAUGCUCUUCUUCUGAGGAAGCAUGUUGAGGCGAUCAAGAAGAGUAUGGUGGAGGGAAUCCGUGUUUCGGUCAAUGAGCUGUAG